AUGUCUACCCCUAUCUCCCCGGACUUGGAUGGACAACCUGCGAGUCCCAGCUUGACGUCGACGACGAUGGACGAGGCACCGUCGAAUAAGAGAAAAAAGACGUCGGACCGGAUCGCCUCGGCCUGUGCGAGGUGCAACAAAGCCAAGGCCAGGUGUAACGGGGAAAAACCUUGCUCGAGAUGCACUUCGAUGGGUCGAGCGCCGGACUGCGUUUACGUCCCCUCGAUGCGGGGCAAGAUCAAGCGGUCGAAGAGGGAUUCAACGACACCGGCUAUCAAGACGAACGACCAGCAUGUUGACAAGAACCAAGAUCGAGAUCAAGAUCAGGAUCAGGACCAUCAAUCGUGCCGACACCCAUCUCAGUCCCAGUCCCGUACGAGCGAAUCUCCAGACAAGUCUAUUCACGUAACAGGAGGAACAGCAGGUCAAAGCAGAUCGAACUCGUUUACCGGCAUUCGUAAUGCAGGGCCUUCGUAUAACUUAGGAGGCUCGGGAGCGUCACUCUCGGCUUAUAGUCUUGCUCAGCCAUCACGACAUCAUCAGCAUCACAACAAGAACCAAAGUCACGACCCAUACUUGCAGUCGGAGACGCCUAAAUCUUCAAACUCAAACUCGAACUCGAACUCGACCCCAGGUUCAGGAUCUGACCAUAAUAACAACAACAACAAUAAACCCAUUCUACCUCUACCGCAACCUAGGCGGUUCCCCUCGAUAGGUACCGUCUUUGGGUAUGGAGAGUCUUCUGCACUGAACGAUAGGCUCUCUACGGCCAGGCCGAUUGAUAGGGAGAAUUUGACGACGCUGCCGUUACCGGGGGAUGCGCCGAAUCCGUUGGGGAUCUUGGCGGAGGCUACUAUUAGUCUUGAUCCGGGUCCUUCUUCUUCUUCGGGGUCUGGGUCUUUGACUUCGUCGGCUUUCCAUCGGGGUGGGGGUGGGAAAGCGAACAACAAAGAUUCUAACAAUAACAAUCACGAUCGCCCUCCUUAUAACCCGGAAGGAACCGAUUAUUACUCUUCGUCCAAGAAAUCGGUCACACCGAGGACGCUCAAGAGUGAAGCUCCGCAUAUCAUGCAAUUGAUCUCGCCGUCCGAUGCGGAGAGCCUGUUCGAGACGUAUUGGAAGAAGAUUCAUCCGCAUUUGCCGGUGUUGGAUAGGAAACGGUCGGCUUGUAUCGAUGUGGCUAGUCGAUCGAAUUAUCUGUUCAACGCUAUUUGCUGCGUGGCCGCCCGGUCGUUCAAUAUCGGGCUCUGGUCGAAACUCCGUUCGUUCGCACGACAAGAGAUGACCCGUAUCCCCCUGGAAAAGACGUUGGACGUCGUCCAAGCGCACCUGCUUUACAGCGAAUGGAACCUCAUCCCAGCCAAGAGGUUUGAACAGGACAUGACCUGGCUCAGAGUGGGGAUCGCUUGUCGGACAGCGAUGGAUAUCAACCUACACCGUGUGGCUUUGAACCCGACGAUCAGACGGGGGUUGCCUAAUUGGUUGGUCAGGUCGAUCAUCAGGACUUGGUUGUUGUGUUAUACACUCGAUGGGACGUUGUCGGCGCAGUUGGGGAAACCUUCGGCUUUACAAGGAGAAGGGUCUGUGGGGAGGUAUGCGGCGACGUUGAAGACGGUUUGUUUGGAAGAGGAUGUGGACGAGGAGGAUCGGGUGCUCGAUCUGAGCGUGGCGUCGUUGACCGAAUGGACUCAGAUAUUGGUCAGAGCGGUCGAGUGUUUCAAAAUGAGCAAUGUUCAGAGUCAGGCGGGGACGGAUAUCUGGGCGAGCGAUUUUCCAGAUCUAGUGGUCGUCUUUGAUAAUCAGCUGGAAGAAUGGGGCAGGGCUCAUGCGAUCCCCGACGGGUCCCGAUCCAGCCAAUUGACGUGUAGCAGGAAUCGACUGUAUCAUCGGUAUGGUCGACUCGUCGUACUCUCCUUUGCGCUGUAUCGGGCCAAGACGCAGAACGCGCUGGAUUUACCGUCGACCUUUGUUCAGUUUCAAACGGUCGCUUCGAACAUUGUUGAAUGCUUUGAAAAGGAUUGGGACGACCAAGGUCUGGCGCGAGGGUGUCCCGACUUUAUGUACACGGUGUUGACUUUUGCAGUCGUGUCACUGCUCAAGUCCGCUCAAGUACGAUACAAGGAACUCCUUGGAGGCUCGCAAGAACACAUCUUCGGACUCUGUCGCAAAGCCGUCAGCAUGUUGUCCCAGGCUGCUACCUCGGCGGACCACCUUCCGGCCAUCCAGUCGGUGUUUUUGUCUCGUCUGCUCGAUAUCAGGACCGCACCGACGUACACCCCUCGAGCGAUGUUACCCAUGCCCAUCGACCUGGACGCUUCGAUGGAGACGAUCGGUUCACAGCCGGAGCGCAGUUACUGGCCGCCUACCGCGCCUACGUCGCCGUUGUUCACCGAUAUGCUAGGUGGGGUGGAUCUGAGCGGUAUCAAUGGAGCCACUGUACAGCACGAUGUCAAUACAAAUGGGACGACCGUACCGCUCUGGGGCGAGGUUCAUUCAAAUGACCUGCUCAACGUUCAACCUUUCGACCAAGGCAAUCAGACGAUGGGACAAAUUCAGUACGACCCGAAUGACCCGAGAGCACAGGAAUAUCAGCUGCCUGUACCGGAAGUCCCUACCUCUUCGCUGGCUCUGAGCCUUGGAGCCUUCGUUGGCGAUACUUCGGUGCGGGACGUCUUGUUCGCCAACGAUAGCUUUUGGAUGUCCAUCCUCGAGACGCAAGAACAACAAUGA